AACGUUACGCGGAGGCAGGGCGGCAGCCCCAUUCCACUCACUUCACCAAUCGUCACUUGAGAUGAGAAGCUCUGCAUCUAGCAUGGCCAUCGAUGGGACGGCGGCAAGGAAGCUCCUGCAUGGCGGCGCCAUCGCGCGAGGCGCCGCCGACCUGGGCGGCGUCAGCUUCGGCCUGUGGGAGCUGGUCACGGGCUUCUUCGCCGACAUCCUCGCCUACCUCUUCGCCGCUCUCGCGGGCGCGGCCCACCUGCUCGUCCUGCCGCUGGAGUUGCUCUGGCAGUGGCUUGUCGCCGCCGCCGCGGGCGCCAUCAGCUCAGGCAUCGACGGCCUGUGGCAGCACGUCACGGGCUUGUUCGCUGGGAUCUUCGGCGCCCUGGCGGGCGCGGCCCACCAGCUCGUCCUGCCGCUAGAGACGCUCUGGCGCUGGCUUGCCACCAUCGUCACCGACACCGCGGGCGUCAUCAGCGGAGGCCUCGACGGCCUGUGGCAGCACGUCACGGGCUUCUUCGCCGCACUGGCGGGCGCGGCCCACCAGUUCGUCCUGCCGCUAGAGACGCUCUGGCAGUGGCUUGCCACCUCCACCGCCGACGCCGCCGGCGCCAUAAGCUCCGGUCUCGACGGCCUGUGGCAGCUCGUCACGGGCGUCUUCCCCAAAAUCUCCGCCUACAUCUUCGCCGCUCUGGCUGGCGCGGCCCACGAGCUCCCGCAGAAGCUAGAGGAGCUCUGGCGGUGGCUCAAGGCCGCCGCCGCCGUCGCGCUCCCGUUCGCGCUCGGCGUCGCCGCGGUCCUCCUGCUCCUGGCGCUAAUCUGGUUCUGCGGGCCGACCCUGUGCCACGUCACCGUGGGGGUCUGCAGGGCGCUCGUGUCGGCGGUCUGCUACUUUGGACACGGCCUGUACUACGUCGCCGUCGCCGUUCUCCAGGUGCUCGCCGGGUUCCUGCCGCGCUGCGUCCUGUGCCUCAAGGACUGCGCCCUCUUCGUCACCAUGAAGGCCCCGGGGGCCGCCGACAUGCUGAUAUCCCGCGCGGCGUUCGAGGCGGCACCUGCGCUCUACUUCCAGAUCCUCCGCACCGCCGGCCCCGUCGUGGCCGCCGCCGUCUUCUGCGCGAAGACCGUCGCCGUGAUUGUAGCUCCGCCGGUCGCCGCCCUUUUCCGCGUCCCUGUCGGCGCGUAGUCUUGCAUGCAAAAGUGAGCUGUGGAAUCGAGGAUGUAUGAGCUCGUUUGACUUGUCCAAAUUUGGGUGUGCUGUUGCGUCUGUAACCAUUAUUAAGCACCUUUAAUAAAAUCCGAGCAUUUCUCCGUUGCA